UGGUGGCUGACUAAAUACUUUUUUGCCCCACUGUAGGUCCUAGUGGAGGCUGAGGUGCCCAUGGGGUCAUGGUAGGCUGAUGGUAGGGGAAUGGAAAGCAUGGAGAAGCCAGAGAAGUCCUCUAAACGUAAUGACAACAGGUCCAAACAGUGGUAUUGUUCAUCUCAUAACUUGUGUAUCUGUUUGGUGUCAUUAAGGAUUAGUUUACUGUGGUGCUGGUGCUGUGGCUGCAGAUAUUUAUCAGUGCUAACGGGUACUGUAAUGUAAGGUUAAACAUGAUUUAUGAAGACUCGAACAGCCCAUGGAUGAGAUCUCAGUGCUGAAAUCAUGAUUUAAAAAAUCAUGGGCUUUCUCACAAGGUACCUGCUAUGUUUAGGAGUAUCUGAGUGGGUUAUCCUUCUCCUGGUUCAUAUUACUCACAGAUAGCACUUACUGAAUGCCUUUGGAACAGAACAGCAUGACUUGUUGUAACAGCAUCAUCAUCUCUGUCUUGGCACGGGUCUUCGUUGGCACUGGAAAGAGUUGGGGAUGAUCUUGACAUCGUUGCAAAAUUGAUGUUUCAAGUACAGGUAAGAGUGGGAAAAAAGUACCUUGUUUACUAAGAGCACAUAUUUGUGGUGCAUUAGAUUUAGCUUGAUAUUUUCACAUUUGGGACUACUCCAUUGGUUCUGGGGGGAGGCUAAAUCCAGCACAGUUCAAGUAUUUGAAAUACUUUUACAUAGUCCUAUGUUCGUCCCAGGUCUGUGUACAACAUCCAUAUUAGAAUGAAGACUGUCUAAUAUGGAGGCCAUAUGUGUGUGUGCUAUAUGCCCGUUGCUUCUUUUAGCCUCUCUGGAUCAACAUUCUAGCUGAUGUCUGUACUUCUUGUUCUGCAGAGGCAACCCUGAUAAGUGUGACAUAUGGGGGAACACACCUCUCCACCUGGCGGCCGCCAACGGCCACCACAACUGCCUGUCCUUCCUGGUGUCCUUCGGUGCCAACAUGUGGUGCCUGGACAACGACUACCACACGCCCCUGGACAUGGCCGCCACCAAAAGCCACAUGGACUGUGUCCGCUACCUGGACUCCAUCGCCGCCAAGCAGUCGGCCCUCAACCCCAAGCUGGUGGGGAAGCUGAAGGAGCGGGCUUUCCGCGAGGCCGAGAGGAGGAUUAAGGAGUGUGUGAAGCUGCAGCGGAAGCACCACAAGCGUAUGGAGCGCAAGUUCCACAAAGAGGCAGCGUCGGAGCAGUCCAUGUCAGACGCCAUGAGCUUCUCCAGCUACACAAGCAGCUCAGUGAGCCGCAAGCUGCACCACCUAAACACCACCACUGUCAGUGUGCCAUACUCUCAGGCUACUCUUCAUGCCACAACCCGAGGCAAGACCAAGAUCCAGAAGAGGUUGGAGAAGAGGAAGCAAGGGGACGGGACCUUCAAGAUCUACGAGGACGGCAGGAAGAGCGUGCGCUCCCUCUCGGGCCUUCAGCUGGGCAACGAUGUCAUGUUCCUUAAACAGGGAACCUAUGUCGGCCCUCGGGACCGCGCAGGGCGCCGCGGCAACCUCCGAGACAUAUUCCACGGAGACGUCAACGACGACGCCAUCUCUCGUGCCAUCAGCGAGCCGGACUUGUCUUACCGGCCCGACAUGGAAUACUCUGAGGUCAGCACCGACUCGGGCCACGACUCUCUCUUCAACCGGCCCGGUCUGGGAACCAUGGUGUUCCGACGCAACUAUAUCAGCGGCGGCCUGUUCGGCAUCGGCGGGCGUGACGAAGGGAGCCUCGGUGGAGGAACCGAACGGGCUGGCAGCACCAACGUGAGGCUGCGCAGCCGGCUGCGGCGUUCGCCCAGCCUGGAUGAUGGGGGGGACAGCAUCGGCAGUGCCAGCAGCCUCCGGGAAAGGAACCGCCAGGAGCUUCCCUGGGACGAGCUGGAGCUGGGGCUGGAUGAUGACUGCGAGGCCGUGACCAGCCCGUUGGAGGUGUUCUUGGCUGCACAGACCAUGGGCGAGUUCCUCACCGUCUUCAGGCGGGAGAAGAUCGACCUGGAGGCGCUGCUGCUGUGCUCGGACCAGGACCUCAAGAGCAUCCACAUCCCCCUGGGGCCCAGGAAGAAAAUCCUAGAUGCCUGCAAGAGACGUCUGGAGACACUUGAGGACCCUGACUACAUCGAGGACACCCUGCUGUGAAUGGUGAAUGACACUUUUGGAUCUGAAGAUGCUGUGUAGGUACUGUAUACCUCUACUACUGUGACGUUCACCUACAGAGUAAACAUAACCUACAGACUAAACCUACACUACAGAGUAAACCUACACUACAGAGUAAACCUAACCUACAGAGUAAACCUACACUAGAGUAAACAUAACCUACAGACUAAACCUACA